CAUAAGACCGAUGGAAAGACAGCCAUCAGUGUCAGCAUCAGCAGCACCGUGGCUCAGGUGGCGUGCGGGGCUGUGAGGCUCCGCACAUUACUUUCUUCAACAGGCACCGGAUAACCUGCAACCAUGAGUAUAUUACAAAAAAUUGCUGACAUCGAGGCCGAGAUGGCCCGGACCCAGAAGAACAAGGCUACCAUGGGCCAUCUGGGUCUUCUCAAGGCCAAGUUGGCCAAAUUGAAGCGAGAACUGAUCACUCCCAAAGGUGGAGGAGCAACAGCAGGCGAGGGUUUUGAUGUGGCCAAGACUGGUGAUGCUCGCAUCGGUUUUGUGGGCUUCCCUUCAGUUGGCAAGUCCACCCUCCUUAGUAACUUGGCAGGAGUGUACUCAGAGGUUGCAGCAUAUGAGUUCACCACCCUCACCACUGUGCCGGGCUGUAUCAAGUACAAGGGGGCCAAGAUUCAGUUGCUGGACUUGCCUGGAAUCAUUGAAGGAGCUAAGGAUGGUAAGGGUCGAGGGAAGCAGGUCAUUGCUGUGGCACGCACCUGCUCUCUCAUCUUUAUUGUUCUGGAUGUGCUCAAGCCCAUUGUCCACAAGAAGCUCAUUGAAAAGGAACUUGAAGGGUUUGGCAUCAGACUGAACAAGGAACCACCACAAAUUACAUUCCGGAAGAAAGAGAAGGGUGGUGUAAAUCUGCAGUGUGCGGUGCAACAGAAUGAGCUGGAUCUGGAGCUGGUGAAGACCAUCCUUGCUGAGUACCGCAUUCACAAUGCAGAUAUCGUGCUCAAGUAUGACGCCACCGCUGAUGACCUGAUUGAUGUGAUUGAAGGCAACCGUGUAUACAUCCCCUGCAUCUACCUCCUAAAUAAGAUUGACCAGAUCAGCAUUGAGGAACUGGACAUAAUAUACAAGAUUCCCCACUGUGUGCCCAUCUCUGCUCACCACAAAUGGAACUUUGAUGAUCUACUGGAGACCAUGUGGGAGUACCUCAACCUCUGCAGAAUCUACACCAAACCAAAAGGACAACUUCCAGACUACAGUGCCCCUGUUGUCCUGCAUGCUGAGAGGAGAACUAUUGAGGACUUUUGCAACAAAAUUCAUCGGUCCAUUAUCCGAGAAUUUAAGUAUGCCCUGGUUUGGGGAAGCUCUGUCAAGCACCAGCCACAGAAAGUGGGGAAAGAGCAUGUCCUCAAUGAUGAAGAUGUGGUCCAGAUUUGCAAGAAAGUCUAGGAUUAGUUUAAUGGCUAAGUUCUACAAAAUUGGGUGGAUGUGGGUAAGCUUCAGGGUGAAUUGUUUUUACUUUGCUCCAUUGUUGCUUUGUGAUAGCCUCCACAUUUCGGAUGCACCCAUCUUCUCUUCAACAUUAUACACUCACAUGUUUAAUGUGACCUUUCUUAAGCUUUUGGAGAACAGUUUAUGAAAGUUAGAAACUCACCAUAAAAUAAUUUCAAAUUAUAUGGUUUUAUUAUUUGUAAUAUUUCUUGCAAAGGCUUGGCUGAGGGUCAUUGCCUCAAUGGGCAAAGGGGAUGUUAUUGAACAAUUUACUGUCCUUUUCUCCUCCAGUCAGAUGUCAACAUUUCAUUAUGACUUAUGCUAAAUGAAUUUUUCUUGUAACCCUGCUGCAGUGUAUGAUCAGGCUCAAUAAUAAGCAACAUCUAAUAAAUAUUUAUCUUUCUAGAUAAAAA